AUGAUGAAUGACACGGACACAUACACAAUGUACGAAGAAGUUGAGAAACGUAUUGGUGUGAACAGAAAGUACAAUCAUUACUUAAACAUAACAUUAAUAUUAUUCGUUUUUGUGCAAUUACUACGAAUUUCCUCAGGAUUUAAUGUUCGCCCAACAGGGUGCACUCAAAAUGAACAAUGCACAGCUGGUUAUUAUUGUAAUACAUACACAUAUCUUUGUAAUAAAUGCAUAAAUUGUCAACAAGGACGUGAAUUUGUCAUGGAGAAUACUACACCAAAUAACAGAUCAAAUAAUUGUACAUCUUUCGGUUGUGGGCCAUUGCUUCGAAGGUAUGUAUGUAUGACUUUAAGAGAAAGCAAAGCUGAUCGAAGUAUGGCUAAUACAACAAUGGACGGUUUGACACUACGAGAGCUUAAUGUGUCAAAAUAUGUCAAUCUAUAUGUGAUCGUUUGGAUUAUCGCGACUUGUGCUGGCGUUGUGAUUAGUUUUAUUUUCUUUUGUACUUUGAGUACUAUGUAGUAAUUUAUAAUUAAUCUGCUGAAAUGCCAAAACAUUGUACCAAAAAUACGUUCAUAAUGCAUUUUAAAUGUAGAAUAUUUCGAAGGAAUAAGGACAUAUGAAAAAUAAUUGUUAAUAUUUACGGUUGGAUACUCAACAAAGUAACUAUAAAAGUAGGUAUCUAGUUUUGUUAUGAUGUCUAAACAUAGAUUCAAAACUUUUUUUGUUUAUGUUUUUUUAUAAAAAUCAAUUUUUUUUGUCAACCUCGUACUAUAUCAAUCUCGUUAUUAUUAUAAUUUUUUAGAAACA